AAACACCGUAACAGUUGAAUGACCACGAAUAUAAAUGUUUACAAAGCUGUAACUGGUUCUGUUAUUUAUAUCGGCCAUGACAUGGGACUGGAUGUAAGCACAGCCAGCGUCUAUACAAUGACAACAUAGUUCUACGAUGCCGCCGAUGAAAUGGCAUCUCUUUUUCGUGAUACUGUUAGCAAGUAGACUUAGCAUAGCAGCGGGACAGUGUCCGGACGGUCAGCCGGUUGUUCAGUGUUUCGUGGCGCCCUGUGACGUGUCCAGCUGUCCCAGGCAUCCUACAGCUAACUGCAGCGAUGAUUACUGUGGAGGGUGCAACGCUGUAUGGACGCUGGACGGUACAGAGGUGACCAGUGACUGCCACAAGGAAUCCGCCGACGUCCGACUGAUCCACGGGAACAACAUAAGUCACGGGAUAGUGGAGGUAUGGCAAGACAGCCAAUGGCAGACCCUGUGUGCCUGGCCCCAAUUCCUACCGCAGGAUGCUCUUGUAGUAUGCAAACAGCUAGGAUUCAGCAAGGGCACCGUUCUUCCAAUGGCGGCGUACGGGCGACACACGGGGAACCACACCUAUCCGUUCAAAGGAUGUUCUGGUGGGGAGACAAAGAUACAGGACUGUAAAUUCGAUGAAAAUUAUACACCGAAUGUAUGUGCCACUCAAGAUGUCCACUACGGUUCUGUCAGCUGUUAUGACAAGCAAGAAGAGGAAGGUCUACAUCUGUCCCCAGUACAAUCAGAUACUAACGUCUCGUCACCCAGCAGCGGAAAAGUGGAACUCUUUCUACAACAAGCGUUUGGCCAAAUAUGUUCCACCUACUUCACCGAGAAAGAGGCCAACGUUACAUGCAGACAGCUGGGGUUUUCCGGUGGGGUUCCUAUGGUGUUUGGAGCAGCAGAAACGCUACCGUUUCUGUUAACCGGCCUGCAUUGCAAUGGAGACGAAGACAAAAUAUCCGACUGUUACAAAGAAACACAGAUUUGUUACAGCAACCAGCGAGCAGGCGUACUGUGUUAUAACACAACAGGUGUACGCUUUUCCCUUGCUGAUAGCCAAGCGGAGGGUGGCGGUAUAGUGGUUCUAUCUGUGGAUGGCAAAGAGGGAACCAUCUGUGGUAAUGGCUGGUCCAACUUGGACGCUCAGGUCUUCUGUCGACAAAUAGGAUACGUAACUGGACUGUCAUACACAGGUAAAUCGUCUGAAUCGUCGAGAGAUGUGUACUUGUCCAGUGUGAAUUGUCUGGGAGUGGAGGAUUCGGUAAUAGCAUGUGAAGGGUCUGGGUGGAGAAAUGUCAACCGAUCUCUCUGUAAUCACGAAAAUGACGCAGGCGUCUACUGUUACAAAAGUGCUCGUAUAACGUUGGGGUACCGGCGGAAGAAUGUUACGAUGGGAAUCGUAGAGGUCUAUCAGAAGUACUUCUGGACAACACUGUGUGCGGAUGGGUUUGAUCAAAGGGAUGCUGACGUCAUCUGCAGACAACUGGGGUACUCGAGUGCGAGGGUUCUCCUCCCGGGACAGUUCGGUAGACCGCUGAGAUACGUCCACACAGUGAACAUCAAAUGUACAGGGAACGAAACAGACAUUCUAGACUGUGAACAUGAGAUGGGGUUUUGCUCUUCAUACAACUACGCUUCAGUUCUAUGUUCGCAUCAAGACGCCAGUCCAAAUACGACAGUUUCCAUAGAACAGUCUGACAGUGGACGGGUGGUGGUCACUCAGUUCGGCAUUAAGGGGACGGUCUGUCGUGGUGGCUGGGACAGCACGGCGGCGUCGGUCCUCUGCUGGGAAAACGGAUUCAGUGGUGGUGUCGCGUAUAGUUCCUCCGAUGAACUCACGCGCUAUGAACCUAUAUGGGUCGGUAGCAUUAAGUGUCAGGGGCAAGAGAAGAACAUAAAGGAUUGUGUGUUCAACUACUCAGUACCGAGAGAGUGUGGCAAUGAUUUGUCCUCCGCUGGGGUUCUCUGCUAUAAGGGUUCAGGCAUGGGAAUUCGUCUAGCUGAUGGUAUCAAACCAAACCAAGGUCGGGUGGAGGUUUCCCGGGACGGGGUGUGGGGGACCAUCUGUCACGGCCGCUGGUCCACCAGUGAUGCGGUGGUGGUGUGCCGACAGCUGUUGUAUGCUAGUGGUGUAUCGUACCGCGGCUCCUACCACGGACCUGGCACCGGUCCUAUCCUGAUGGACAAGGUCAGCUGUUCAGGGUACGAACACUCUAUCUACCAAUGCCCAAAUCUGGGCUGGAAUGUAUCGUCUGACUCCUGCAAAAACCACUCCCAGGACGCUGGAGUCUACUGCAUGCCUUGGGUGAAACUAAACCAUGCAAAUUACGGAAUUGUCCGAGUAUGGAAGAAAAACAACUAUGGGAUGGUUUGCGCAGACGGUUUCAAUGAAAACGCUGCACGCGUAGUCUGCAAGCAAUUUGGAUAUCGUUAUUCAAUUGAAGUGUGUUGUAUGGGGUUAGAACCCGAGCCCACUGACAUGGAAUUUGCCAUGUCAGACGUCAACUGUGAUGGGACAGAGAGCGGACUGAGGGCCUGUCGGAAUGAGUACACCGAUCCCAACUGUACUACUGGAAACUACGCUUCUGUCUUCUGUACAAACACAGACCCCGCAAACAGCAUAAUUCACACAACCCUUAGCCAUUACAACAUUGUUCAAAUCUCUUACGUAUAUCAGCCGGGUCUCCUCUGCGCCUCAGAAUUCACCGACAUGGACGCCACCGUCAUUUGUCGGGAGAACAAAUUCCAGUCUGGGUUGGCUCUCCGACAUCUUCGACCAUCGUUUCACUCUCACAACAUCUACUGGCUCAGGAAUGCCUCGUGCGUUGGCACUGAAGCCAGGAUUGGCGACUGUCCCAAUGCAGGGAGGGUAGGGAAGCUCGGUCGGUUUGAUGACAAAGUUGUAGCUGCUGUGGCUUGCUUUGACACAAAAGAACCGCAGAAACCCCAGUUAGAGCUCUAUUACGGCAACAGAUUAAACGAAGGGCAUGUUGAAGUUAACGUUAGAGGGACUUGGGGUUCUCUGUGUGCUGGGAACCUAACGGAAGCGGAAGCCAGGGUCAUCUGUCGUCUGCAUGGUUACAGAGACGGGGUAGCGCUUCAUGGUGGCUCCUUUGGACAAAAUUUCCCGGCCGGAUAUUCUACCAUGGAUUACAUCAAAUGCAGUGGAGACGAACAGAGACUCCUGGACUGCGUGGUAUCAUUGGUGCCUGACCAAGUAGUGUGUCCAACAAACAUGAUGUCUGCCGUCAAAUGUUAUGAAACCGUUCGUCUUAGUGGCAGCAGCAUGAUUAAUUAUGGCCGUUUAGAGUUAUGGAGUGACAACGGCUGGUAUUCAGUCUGUGAUGAGAAUUUCGACGAUACAGAUGCUACUGUCGUCUGCAAAGCUUUAGGAUAUACAGCCGGACUAUCACAGUGUUGUUCCGCACUUGGAACCAAUGGAACAGCCAUUCAAACAUUUCUCACGGGUUUCUCGUGUACAGGGACGGAACCUAGUCCUCUGAUGUGUCCAUUUACGAAAGGAGGGACUUGCAGGAGUAGAAAAUAUGCGUCAGUGCUCUGUUUGUUAACAAAUACUGCAACUGAAGAUCUGACCAUCCACCUGGACGGCUUUUAUGGACCAGUCCUAGCUUCCAGAUACGGUCUCCAGGGUUACGUUUGUAACCAACAGUUUGAUAACUCUGAUGCAAGUUUAGUUUGCAAGACCAAAGGAUUCCAGAAGGGUUAUGCCGUUAACGUCUACAAGGACUUCACGUAUCCAGUAGUAUUGGGAAACCUUACGUGCAAUGGUGUCAACGAAAUCAAAAGUUGCACCUAUUCAAACUUCGGCGGAGACCAUGGCUGCUCCGACAGUGACACCAUUGCCGGAGUGAUUUGUUCCGAUUCGGGUAGCAUUUUAUUCAAGUUGGAAGGUCGCGAUGGUUCUAGUGGAAUCCCAAAAUUAAUAGUGGGAAGUAACACUCUUUAUCUGGAUGAUACCUACUUUGACGCCACGGCAGUCAAUCUGUUCUGUCUGAGCGCGGGGUUUGCCGGUGGAUCCAAACUAUCCCAGUCCAGGAGUGUGUCCUCUGUCCAUCAUGUUGUGACAGACAUAAGGUGUGCUUCUGAUGCACCCUCAAUCACUCACUGCGAUGGACAUUGGAAUCCAAAAAAGUCCAAGUCAAUACCGAUACAUGAAAUUUCCUGCUUUCAGCAAGUGCGAUUACAGAAUGGGGGCGCCUUCUUCGGUGCUGUUGAAGUUUAUUAUAGUAACAUGUGGGGUACCAUCUGUCCUAAAUCCUUUGGACAGAACGAAGCCAACCUCGUUUGCUCCACCAUUGGGUUUGACAAAAGUCUCCCAAUUUGUUGCUCUCCAUUUGGAGCAUUGCCCAAUAAACAACUAUUCAAAGAUUUCCGAUGCAGCGGUUCGGAGGAUAUCAUUCUGAGAUGUCCGCAUACAUUUCAGUCAUACGGGGUUCAGUGUUCGAGUUCCCUGGAGUACGCCUCUGUCUUGUGUUACAAUGGUGAUCGGAAAUCAGACUAUACAAUCAAAAUCAAUGGUGGAAAAUACUAUGGCGAUGUCAUUGUUAACUAUAUGGGCGUUAACGGUCGUAUUUGUCGAGAUGGUUGGGAUGACAAAGACGCCCAAGUAGUUUGUCGACAAAACAACUACAUCCGGGGCCUUGCCUACAGCCAUUACGUGGAGGAAGGGAAACAGGCCAGUGGACCCUACUGGAUUUCCAAUGUUCAGUGCCAAGGACAUGAAAAAUCCCUUCAGGAGUGCCAGCACACUCCUGCAGGAUCUGUUAACGAGUGUUCGUCUUUCCACUAUGCUGGUGUCUUCUGCUUUGAUGAUCAAGGUAUCUAUUAUCGUAUUUCUGGCGGAGAUCCAUCUGGAAGAUCUGGCAGAGCGGAAAUAUAUUUCAACGACAACUGGGGCACGCUUUGUAACACAGAUUGGGGCGAAGAUGAGGCUGCUGCUCUCUGUAGACAAAUGGGGUUCCACGGGGGAGAUCCUAUUGAGGGUCCGUACAAAGUACCUGCUAAAGGUCUAGUGUACAAGGCAUCGUAUCAGUGCAGUGAGGAUAGCGGGGCACUGGACGACUGUCCACACAGUGGAUGGCAGGAGGUUGUAGAUGGAGAAUGUACAGAACACAAAAAUGAUGCCGGGGUGUUCUGCUAUCAGAAUGUUCGGAUAUAUAAUGGUAUCGGGAGAAGCCAAAGUUCCGGGCCUGUGUUGAUAUUCCGGGACAAGGGUUGGUACUUGCUGUGUGAUGAUGGUUUCACCGACCACGCGGCGACUUUGGUGUGUCAGGAGCUGGGAUUCCCCUAUGGGCACGCUUCCUGUUGCUCCGCCGACGGACCACUGAGCGUCCCAAUUUGGAUGAAUCACACUUUAGACUGUUCUUCUGGAAAUCACGUGGAAGAAUGUUUUCACGAAAAGAAAUGUGACAGAAGAAGCUAUGCCACGGUUUCAUGCAGUUACCAGCCCAUAACAACAGUUGAUAAGUCCCCUCGGCCUGACUCUCCAUCACCAGUUAAACAGGAGGACAACAAAGCAGUAGUGGCGGUUGUGUCCGCCAUUGCCGCGUGUCUGUUAAUCAUUGUCAUCGUCAUAAUUGUGAUGAAAUGUAGGAAAUCUUACAGCAAAAAAUCACAGGAGAAAACACACGGAGAAUUUAGGGAAGGUGUUCUCAACAAAUCACUCGAUGGUUCUAUACAUGUUCAUAACCCAAUGCACAAUAUGUGUGACUCUGAUGACGUCAUCAUUCAACAUGACAGUGUUCAAUAUCACCCCACCGGUUCGGAUAAUGAUCAGGGAUUAGCAUAUACUAACCACAACUAUGCUGGCUUUAAUUCAAUUUUAUAUUCAUCAGAUUGCGAUGAAAAGGUUGACGAUGAAACAAAUGAGGACCACGUGAUUGAACAUGACGAUAUGAAGCCCCUAGGGGUGAAGGCAGAUUUUAAAGACUCAUCUUAUGCUGCAAUGAUGCCGAAUUUUUCUGCCUCCGGGUUACAAGAGUAUGAUAAUCAACAAAACGCUAAACAAUCUGUUCGUGUCACAAUAGAGAAUAUCCCUAAAAGUUACCCAAAGAAUCAUUUCACGCGCUCCUUGUCGGAAUGUAAAGAGAUUUCCUUACCCGAAGAUACGUAGUCUCGUAACUUAUUAAUGGUCAAGUUCUUUUAUCAAAAAAUUUAAACAAAAAAUUUAAGUUUUGUAUUCUAUAUAUAAUAUUUUUUAUAUCUGAGAGAGAGAGAGAGAGAGAGAGAGAGAGAGAGAGAGAGAGAGAGAGAGAGAGAGAGAUAUUCCGUUUGUCUUCACCAAUAUUUUUUCAAAGCGUGUUGUAUUAAUUGUUGUACAUUUUGUAUAAUUCAUGUAUUCCUUUUGGUAUUUAUUCUUUACAUUCUUACUUGUUGAUUUAUAUACUGAGUAUAAAAAUUCAGUCUUUGCAAAAUUAAAGUUGAAAAUAAAUUAAGU